GUCUGAUUGGGUGCCGAGGAGGGCUUGGGCGGGACCGCGGUGCAAAGCUGUGCGCGGCGAUUGGCUAAGCGGCUUCCCCUCUUCUCGGGGCGGAGAUGGACGCGUGCUUUCCGGCGCCGCUCGGUGACCAGCCUGCGCUCCGGCUCUAGAGGGAUCGGGGGCUCCGGCCGCGUCGGGGGCUGAGGGAAGAGCGCCGCCGCCGCCGCCAUGAACAUCCGGAAUGCGAGGGUUCGAGCCCCGGGGUCGCCCGGCGGGGGGGGGGGGCGGCGGCGCGGCGCUUGGGCUUCGGGGCCUGAGGCUCCAGGCCUUUCCUAGAAUGCGUGGGAAGGGAUCCCGUCGUGUCCAGCCCCUUUCCACGCAGGAAUGACCGCUCAAGGGUCCCCGGGGCUUUGCGUGAGCUGCUUUGUCCAGCAAAAGAGCCCUUGCCGCCGCGAGGGUCGGGCGGAGCCUCCCGGGGCAGGAGCAGCGCCCUGCUGGGCACCUGGGGGGGCUGCUGGAAAUGGCUGCUGGUAGUCAGGUUUGCGGGUCAGACUGAUUUGGCAAGACAGCCCUUAUUAAAUCAGGCAGACUUGUUUCCAGUAGGUGAACAGCCAGGUGCUGCUGAGCAUGAGGUACUGGAGAGAAUAGCUGUCAUGUCCUACUUUGUUAGUUUUCCAGAUUCGUAUCUCUUAUUUCAAGAUACAGUGUCUCUGAAUAUUACACACAGCAAAUGUCAGUCCUACUGGGGAGAGGAGGAGCUGUGAAGUGGCUGCAUCUCUCUCUGCUCUGUUUUAGUUUUUCUUCCUUUUUCUCCACCAGCCCGAGGACCUGAUGAACAUGCAACACUGCAACCUCCUUUGCUUGCCAGAGAACUAUCAAAUGAAAUAUUACUUCUAUCAUGGACUCUCCUGGCCCCAGGUAACUCUAUCUACAUACUUGUGACUUGAAGGUUUUGUAGAAUAAUGGGCAACCUCAAUCCUUCAAAGAGACCUUGACUGCAAAUCGGCUACUCCCUUUACCACCACCCCUCUCUCCACCUGCCACCCUCUCUCUCCCGCCCCUUUGUAUUGGCAAUUGUGGUGCUAAGGUGACCCCUCUGAAAAACUCCUUCUGACCCAAGAUCUCCUGGAUCUCCUGCUGCCCUUCCACAGCCUUCGUCUGGGAGCUAGGCCUCUAGCUUCUGGGAGACAGCCAUGGUGCCUCAUAAGUGACAGGACAAGUUUUACUAGCCUCUCCCAGCUUUAAUUAGCAACAUUUGAGAUUUUGUUGACUCCUCAGGAUCUUUUGGUUGCCCUUGGUGGUUUUCUAAUGGACCUGGGCCUGUGGCUGAGUGAGCUAGUCAACACUUGUUACUCUGGCAUGGCAUUGCAGGUAGGGAGGUCUGUACUUCAAGCCCGCCAUUAACACACCGGGUGGCCUGCCCAGGUUGCUCCCCAGACGGUGUCCCUGGGGCUGCAGUGGUUGUUCUUGGCUGUUCUCUUCCCACAUAAAGUCAACUCUUAGCUUAGGUGGCGGUUACUUUCUGGGGAUAGCACAUAAAGAUGAAAUUGUGCAUAGACCAAACACACACGCCCUCCACCUCCGAACACUAUCCCAAGGUGAGUGCAAUAGUUGGUGGGAUUGUCAACAUUCAACACCCACUCCCUUUAAAUUUUUUAAAGCUGAAUUCAUGCAAAUUAAAUGUGCAUAAAUUGCGAGUCAACUGUAUUUCCAUCCUGCCACCUGCCACUUUCCUUCUCCAGCAGAUGCCUGUUACAGGUGGCAAGGAGGAGGACAACAUGGAGGUAGUGAUGAAAUGACUAAGCCCAGUGCCUGCCGCUUUGGGGACUGACAUACAUAUUCUCAACAUUUCAGCCUGUUAAAGUGGCAACUUUCUGUCUCAACAUCCACACUUGCUCCCAUAUGGGGAUUAUAAAAAUGCUGACUUGUCUGACAGGGUUGUUGUAAAGAAGAAGAUAAAAUUCUAUGCCCUCCCCAACCAAUUAAAUAAUAUAUUUGAAGUGCUUUGAUCACCCAAAACACUGAUCUAUAAAUGCUAAGUGGUAUUUAGGGAUGGGCUCAAGCUUUGUGGUGGCUAGGUGGAUGGGAUAAUCUGUCUUUCCUUUGGCUCUGUCUGUGGAACAGGCUGCUCUUUGAUCCUCCUUGGACAAGAGCCACGUUUCCUCUCAGGGCACUGCUGCCUUCUGCCAUGCCUGUGGGUGGCUGUGCUGCUUCUUCCCCAAGAGAGCCCACUAUGUCGCUCUAACUGCCUCCUUUCUCUCUCCCAGCUCUCCUACAUUGCUGAGGAUGAGAACGGUAAGAUUGUGGGCUACGUGCUGGCUAAAAUGUGAGUAGAAUCAUUUAUUUGCACGGCUUUGGUAUGCCUCUGUCUGUAUAUUUGCACUGUAUCUCUUGCACUGCAGCUUCACAGGAGGCUCCAGCAUAGGCUAGCAAAAUACAUAUUUUAAGGGGUAUAUGCCUAAAUGCUGUUGGUGCAGACUCUCACUUCUUCCCCUUUGCUGACUAGUCCCAGCAGUUAGGGGAAGAGGGAAUUCAGUGGCAUGGGGGUGGGCAGUGAAGCACUCUAAAUUCCACUCUUGCGGAUACCUUGAAGAUCCCCCAGGUGAAGAUACCUUGGCUCCAGGAUGGCGACUGAUACCUCCACCAUCUGGCUGGCUGGCGCACAGCAGCAUUUUUUUGUUGCUGCCACAUUGUGGUGCGAGGUACCUGGCUUGCAUUGUAGUUCUUCAGCAAAAGAGCAGAGUCUACUGCUGCCACGAGCCAGAUGACUUGUGCAGUAGCACAGCAGCAGAAGACUCAGCAUCUUUUGUAGAGUGUUAUAUACCACUGUACAUCUUUUGUCUCUCUGAGGCCGGGCUGAGGUCCUGUGGCAAGCAGCUGUGCUGAGGUCAGAUUGGAUAGAUAUCAAUGCUUUGAAUGCAUGAAUGCAUGCAGGCAUUGGACGUGUGGCUUCUAUUGCAGCUACUAGGGAAACAUAAAAGUUAUUUUAAGUUUAUCUUAGGAAAUAGUGUCCAGCUACACAGCGUUGUAAAAUAUCAUGUUAACUAAAACAGAUCUGAAUGGAUUUUACAGUAUCUUUUUAAAUUUAAGACUGAUGUAGGAUAUUUGAUAGGACCAGCAAGCAGGUAGCUCAGCUUUUUGCAUAUUUCUGCUCUUGAUGUUUGGACAGGAGUAGCUACUUUUGCUAAAGUUUCCUUGAAGUGCGUGGUAUAAUUUUAUUUUGAAACUGAGACCUAAACCUAAUGCUGAACUAAACCUAAACUUUUAGUAGUAUUUUUUCUCUCUCAUCCUGUUUAGUUCUGAUUCAGACAUUAAUUUUAAAUGAUUUAAUAACUGGCUCAGUUACUUUGAACUUAUGCAGAUACAUAUUGUGCAGAUUGAUAUUAUCAACUAUUAUUUCUGCAAAGCAAGCCUGAUUGGAGUGAAUAUAAUGAUGAGUCAAGUACUUAGCUAGAUAAGUACCCUUUGCAAUUGCUCAAUAAGAAAUAAGCCGUCUCUUGCCCUCUUAAGUUUUCUGGUGUGGCUCCGUGACUGUGGUGACUCUUGGGGAAGAACCUUUAACUCGCACGGGGCAGAGGUGGUGGGGUGGGCAUCCCAAGGGAAACCCCCUCAUGCUCCCUAAUUCCAUUCAGCUGGCUCCUUCCUUCCUUCCUUCCCAGUGGGCUUCUGAGUGUGCUGGGAGUAGGCAGGCUAGCCCAGGCUCCCGGCUCCCUUCCAGCUCUGGGCAAGAUGGCUGGUCUUGGCACUGCCAGGGAGCUGCUGCAGAGCUUCUUCUGUCUGGUGCCUGCCUGGAACAACUGGUUUGGUGAGCUGCAAGCAGGCCAAGUGGCUUCUCAUGUUCGCACUGCAACCUCGUGCCUCCCUUGGCUAACUAGUUGGUGUACAGCAUGGCCAUGGCAAUGACUUCAGGCUUUGCUUCUGUCCUCUGCCUCCCUCAUUCUAAGCUUCCUGUAGCCAUGUGUACCUUUGGAGCAUGUGCACAUGGCUCCACCGAGGGGGGAGUCUGGUGGGGGCUGUCUGGACACCAGUCAUCAGUGGUGGCUUGUGGGCCUUGGUAGAUGCCCAACCAAGCUGGGCCACUGUAAUAAGGCAGUCUGAGCUAGGCUGACUGGUGAAGGCUUGGCAUUCUUAAUUUUCAAAUUUGUCAAAUAGCCAUAAAUAUUAUUGGAAAUACUUGUACUUACAGUGCCACCACUCUAAAAAAUGUUUGGUAUCAGGCCUAGAAGAAGCUGCAAGAAAGCACUUAAUUGCCUGAUAGCAGGACACAAAACUAUAUUCUUUGUGCAGUAAGUAGACCAAAGGAAGCUGCUUUUAGCUGUAUUGGUAGUUGAAGGUGACACACAGUUGAUUUGCUGAGGAAAUGGCUGAAAUGGUGGAAGUGCUCUUGUGAAAACUCUGGCAAGAAAUCUGGGAAAAACAAAAGCUCCAGCGUGAAGUUCUGCAUUCCACUUUAGCUAUAUUUCUGCUUCUGCCAUUUAUUUUCUAAGAGAGCAGGAGUUCUGCAUAUUUCUGCCAGGUUCCUUUCCUGUAUUCUGAGGUGUGUGUUGUUGUUGUUUUAGUAAAAAUUGAAAAGGGAAGGAAGGAAGGGUACUAUAUUCCAGGUGUUUGGUUUGUGUGAUAAAGAGACCAGCAUUGUGGAGAAAAUAGUGUUGCAGUAGUGUUGGUCUUGAUGCUUAGCUCGUUACAUUUGUGGGGUGUGCAAGAUUGGAGCUGAACUGACACACUCAGUUUCUUAUUUCUCCAGGGAAGAAGACCCUGAUGAUGUUCCCCAUGGCCAUAUCACAUCUUUGGUAAUACUUUCAGUUUCUAUUGUUACAGCCCCCUGGGCAUGUUUGACAAUUGAGAUGUAGCAAGUGGAGAGCAGUGGCUUGGAAGGCUGGCUGUGUCUCCUCUCAGCAGGACUCAGCAUUUUGUUAGGGAUUCCCCCCCCCCCGGCACUCAAGCUGUAUGGAUGAUGAAAUACAAGGGGCAGGAGGGUUGUGAGAACUGCUGAGUGCCUAGGGAUUGUUUUGUGAGAGCCUGAGCAGUAAUUCUGGAAGCAGAAGCUGGAGGACAGAAUUAUUUGGUUCCUUCCGUUCAGGUCAAUGCCCAGAAGAGCCAAUUGUGCCCCCCUUGCCAGACAAAAUAGUGGCCAUGUGAGGAAGUGGGUUGCCAUUUUGUUAAAACUUCCUUUACUGUCAGUUCACUGUGAUCUACAGACACUUGUGUCCAUCACUGGAAUUUGUACCACUGCACCAAACAGAUUUUUGGCAUAACAUUAGUGUGGGACAUCCCAGAACUUGUAAGUUCAGAAAGUGGCUUUGUGUGUGUGAGAGAAGGAGUGUCUUAAGGUAGAAAAGUUUAUGGAAUGCCUCUUCCUUCUGAUGGCUUUUUGUCCUUCCCUAGGCGGUCAAGCGUUCCCACCGACGCCUUGGCCUGGCCCAAAAGCUGAUGGACCAGGCUUCACGGGCCAUGAUUGAGAACUUCAACGCCAAGUAUGUCUCCCUGCACGUACGCAAGAGGUGAGUCUCUCUCCUGCUCCCUGUUCAUCUCCACUUAUGUCGGCUUCCAAAUAAUGUGCUCUUCUUGUUACGCAAUGGUUACUGUGGGUGUGAGGCUAAGGGCAGGGUUGCCACAAGCCUACCACCACCACUGUUCCAAACACUUCAUGGUUAUGCACAGAGGAAGCACCUGUCCUCCUGUGGAACAGAUGUGUGGUUGUCAAGCCAGUGCUGCUUCCUCUUGCCGCCCGUGUCAGAAGCAGCACCCAGUGGUUUUGUCCUUCCUCGCCUUGGAUUCCUUAUUCCUAGAGAGGAAGCACUGGCUUCCUGCCAAGCCCCCCUCCUGCCUUCUCUUGAGCCCACGUGAAAUCGCUCUCCGCAGAAUCCCUUCCCAGGCUCUACCCCAGAGGCAGAUGCAGUUCACAGUUACGCUGUCCUGCUUGAGGGGGAGGGAGGGAGGGACAUGCAGGGUUCAUUGACCUUCUUGCAGUCCCAGGUCUAGCCACAUGUUCUCUGCUGUCUUGGUUUACCAAAACUACUUUUCUUCUCUUGCUUUGCAGUAACCGAGCAGCGCUGCACCUCUACUCCAACACUCUCAAUUUCCAGUGAGUACCAAGCGGGCAAGUGGUCAUAGUGGAUGUUUGGUCAGAGUGAGAAGGCAGUUUGGACCCCUGUGUGGUUGGCGGAGGUCACUGGGCAGCUUUGAGCAAGUCAUUCUCUCUCAGCAGAGCUUGCCUCACCGACUGGUGUGGCCAAGGCUCUCUUCUGAGCUCUGUGAAGCUCUUCCGCUGGCAGGUGUGUGAAUGUUGGACCCAGCAAGUAAUCUGAAGGCUCCAGUGACAACCAGAGAUGACUUGUGUUCCCCAAAGGUUCAGCUUGCUGUUAACUAGAGGAGGGAAACGCAAGGUUUGCUCCUCUCAGCUUUAGCUGUGUUUGUGGAAGGAGCAAAGGAAAGCCAUGGAGAGUCAGACCAUAGUUCAUCUAUCUCAGGUCUGUCCACGUCAACCUUUUUCAGUCAAUAGCCUGCAUUUUCUUCUGGACAUCCAUCCAAGGGCCACAUGCCUAUGAUAAGAGGGGCCAGAGGCAAAGUGGGUGGAGCAACAAAUGUAAACGUUACCUUUGCACCAUAGGCUAGUUUCUGCACACAUUCACGUCCCACCUCCUGCUCCAAGCAGGCAACCGAGGGGUGUUGUCAGAGUUCAAGGACGCACCCCAGCCAGGCCAAAAUGCUCACGGCAAAUGUGAAGCAGAGCCAGAGAGGGAGUACAGUCUGGGGACAGUGGGUGUGACCAGGAAAGAGGUAUAGCCUGGAGAGAGACCCCAGGUAGAGAAGGGCCUUUCGGGUGCAUUUGGCACUGAGCCCCAAGUUGCACCUGCUUGGUUUCCGCCGUGUGGCUGUGGCUUCCCAGGGUUCCAGCCAGGAGGCUUCCCAGCCCUUCCUGGAGAUGCAAGUUACAUGCAACAUGUGCUCUGCCUCCGAGAUGCAACUCCUCCUCCGCGUAAACCUGAAUGCACAGCUUCGGUUGCUGGAAAUGGGGUUGAACGAUGUUUAAAAACACAUCUGAUUAAAAUAGUUGAAUCUCCUUUAGGGAAAUUGAACAAAUUUCCAAGGCACCGGGGAAAUCCCAGUGCUAGAUAGGAAAAGCAGGUUAGAAAAUACAUGGAUCUUUGAAGGCUGGUGGACGUGUUUUUAUGAUCCCAUGAAGGUUUCUCAUCCCCAUUCUAACCUGCAAAUCUUCUCAAAGUCUUAUUACCUAAGCAUUUAUUCUGAGGACAGGAGAUGCAUUCUUAGAUUCAUCUGCCAUUCAUCUCCAGCCAGUGGCCAGCCGUGGGAUGGUGGGAGCCCAAUCUAUAUAGUACUUUUAAUUUUUUUAAGUGUUCAAAGCACUUCAUGUGCACUCUCUUGAUAAUAUUUACAACAGCCCUGUGAGGUAGGCCAGUAUUGUUAUCCUUAUAUUACAGGUCGGGGGUCUGAGGCUGAGAGACUAGUGCCCUGCCUCCAGCUGCCUAGUGAAUUCAUGGCUGAGGAGAUUUGAACUGGGACUUCCCAGCUUGCACACCUGCCUCUUCUGCAUUAAGACCAACUGUGAGCGUGCUUGGGGCAGGCUUCUGGGACUUGACUGUGGUGGUUUUUCCAGUGAGGCCAGCAUGCUUGCUCUUCCCACUAGGAUCAGUGAAGUGGAGCCCAAAUACUACGCCGAUGGGGAAGAUGCGUACGCCAUGAAGCGCGACUUGACACAGAUGGCGGAGGAGGUGAGCACGACCCUGCUGGUGCCCUCAGCGCUGGAGUGUGCGAGUCUUUGAUACUCCAUCUCCGCUAACUGCCCUUAAAAGGCAGUUCAGAUUCUUCCACUGGUGUGGACGUUGGGACCCAGCCUGUCUCCUAGCUGUACACCCAUUGCAUCAAAAGUGACCCACGUAAGCAAGGUGCUUGAUGGCUGAAUUCCAAACUACCUGGAGACAGACAAAGCAGCCUACAAGAGGGAGUUGGAACCUCCGGCAGCCUUUCUUCAUACCUUCUCAACCUGUAAAGCUGAGGGUGAGAUGGCGAGUAAAGCAAAACCUAGGCUGUUAAGAAGAGGGAGAAUAGGGAAUAGGGUGGCAAGGCUCCUCCUCCCCUGUCUGAUGCUCUGUAACUUUGUUUUGCCUAUCGGCCCCUUAAUGUUAUCAAGCACUUCUCUCUAGAGUUUAAUUUCCCCCUGCUCUUUAUUUUUGAGAUGGGUAGGGAGUGAGGGAAAAUCACCCAAUACACAUACAACAUGAUAACAUCAGACGGGUUUGAAUGCAGGUAUCCUGUGAAUCAGCUGUGUUUGGCUGAUCCAAGAUGCUCAUAUUUUGACAUUUGGAUGAAGGGACGUACCUGGCAUGUCUUUCCCCUUCCUCCAUUGAGGCCAUUUUCAUGCACAUCUUUUACUAAUUAAUUUCACUGGUCUUCCUUUUUCAUUUCUGUUGCACAGAUGUGUUUUUUUAGACUGUUCACCAUAUUUAGCAUCUAGAAAAAUGGAGCAUUUGCUUUGAAUCUGUUGGCAUAUUCCAUUGCUGAGGGGCCUGCUGUCAGUUAUUAUUGUGUGGUAAGAUGAUGCUUGUAUAUUUUUGUGAUGAGCAACACAGCUCUUGGUCCCACGCACUUGUUUAAUUCCUUAAAAAAAAAAGUAAGUGUGCCCACACCUAUUUGGGACGCUGUGUGUUCCUCCUCUGCUGAUGUACACCUACGCAAGAGUUCUCAACCAGAUAUACUGAGACAGACAAGUGGAAAACUGCAGCAAAGCUAAUCUCUGCUUGCAGUUCCCCUCCAUUUUGCCAGGUUAUUGUUCGUAUCUUUCAAGUUCUUUGGAGGCUGUGUGCCUCCCUCUCCCGUGCUGGGGUGCUCAUGUAGCCAAGCGGAAAGGGUGGAGGAGGUCAGUAUCAAUAACCGUAUACAUACAUACUCGCAUGUUGAGCUGAUGGGGUUUCAUGCUACUUGGGUUGACGAGGGUCUCACGGUAGUUUUCUGGAUGUGCUUGCCAGGAUGUUAGAAAUGUGAACAGCGGCAAGCAACAUCGAAAACAUUUCCUCCCAUAGCUGCUUUGCAGAUUUUGAGGCUCCUUUUUUUGGAAGGUGGGGCGGUGUCUGACAUGACUGGGCUGUCUCCUGGAAAGAGUGCGCAAGACCUUUGUAAUUCAGCCAAGGGUUUUGUGGAUGAAAACUGCUUAUCUUCCCAACACACACACAUUCCAGCUAAAACGAGCCCCUGUUCCCUCACAGCUGCGGAGGCAGGUGGACCUGAAAGAGAAGAGCAAGCACUCUGUCCUGGGCUCCAUUGAGAACAAGAGUGGGGACCACAAGGUCAACCACGUUGGCGAAUGCUGCCGGGAUGAGAAAUGCCCUGGGACCGUGGUGGGCAGCGGGCCUGGGGCUGAAGACAGCGGUGACAGCAAAGAUGUCAGCGAGGUCAGCGAGGCCACAGAGAGCACAGAUGUCAAGGACAGCUCAGAGGCCUCUGACUCUGCCUCCUAGCAAGGGCUUUUGCCAGGCCACUCACUGUCCAGCCCUUGAAGGAUCUGUGUCUUUGCUUGCAGGUGUAAGGUCCCUACAUGGGAUUUGGAAAUAAAAGUUUAUGGAACCAGAGGGGUGCGUGUGCUGG